AUGAAGUUCACGCCUUUCCUCGCCUCUGGCGCUGCUGCCAUGCUCAUCGUGCCGGGAUCCUCGGCCAACGACGAGCCCCAGGCGCCCAUCUCCCUCGACCAUGGUGAGGCAUCGAAUUUUUGGGACAGGCUCGCCCCGGCUGCUGAUGCAAUCGAGUCGGCCAUUGAAGAUUCCAUCGACUUCCUCACCUCUGGCUUCGAGACGGUCAAGGAGACCGUGGGCGAGCUGCAGGAGGAAUUCCAGACACAGCUCGAUGACGCCGUCCAGGCCGUCGAUGACCACCACCACCACCAUCCCCCCAAGCACGACACCAGGGACCACACCAUCUACGAGCUCAUCAGCAAGAGCAACUACACCAAGAUAUUCGCCAAGAUUGUCGACGAGCACCCUGACGUCGUCAAGCUGCUCAACUCGACGCACGCGUCCCACAACCUGACCCUCUUUGUGCCCAUCGAUGAGGCCUUUGAGCACAUCCCCGACGACCAUGAGAAGCCUAGCAAGGAAUUUGUCGAGGCCCUCCUCCAGUACCACGUUGGCAUUGGCGAGUACCCCGCGAAGCGCAUUCUCAGCACGGACACCAUUCCUACUGCCUACAAUGAGGAGUGGCUCGGUGGUGAGCCCCAACGACUGCGCGUCGGCCUUGGCCUGGGCGGUGUCAACCUCAACUUUUACAGCAGGGUCGUGGCCGUCGACAUUGGCGCAAAGAACGGUGUCGUUCAUGGCAUCCGUAGCAUCUUGGUGCCGCCUCCCAUGAUCGGCCGCAUCCUCACCCUCUUCCCCGGCGAGUUUUCGACCCUCCUUCUCGCCUACGAGAAGACGGAGUUUGUCAAAUUCAUCCACGGCGUCAAAAUGGUCGGCAGCACCGUCUUUGCGCCCUCCAACCGCGCCUUUAGCAGCCUUGGCCCGCGCGUCAACGCCUUCCUCUUCAACACCGAGACUGGCCUCAAGUACCUCAAGGCCCUGCUCAAGUACCACAUUGUCGCCAACGUGACCCUGUACACAGAUGCUGUGUACGACAAGACCGACGGCGAGGCCAAGGAGCAGUCUCGCGAGCACUUUGACCUCAAGACGCUGCUGGGUGACGCACAUAUUGGUGUGGACACGGCCACGUUUGCCGGCUUCACCGUCAUCAAGGUCAAUGGCUUCGCCAACGUUGUUCGCCGUGAUGCACCGGGAAAGAACGGUGUCAUCCACGUGCUGGACAAGGUCUUGAUUCCUCCCCGCAAGCAUGGCGAGGAGAGUCUGUUUGAGGAGAUCUUUGAGGAGCUGACCGUCGAGGAUCUCAUGGAGCGCCUUGACGAGUUUGUCGAGGAUGGCGAGAAUCCCAACGAGCUAGAGCUGUGA